GAUUCUCUAUAAUGUUUAAACAAAUGCAUUCCCUCAGAGCACCUGAGAUGUUUCUAUUCCUCUGCCUGGCGUCUUGCCUCAUGAAAUUAUCUUUUAUUAUCUUUGUUAUUAGCAAAAAGUCUCAAAAAUUAAGAGCAGAAUGACUGCCUUAACUUCUUGUGUAUUUUUAGCCACAUCUCCUAUCUGUGAAGUGAGACAUGCAGGUAAAGUGCCAUACAAAUAAUUCCUUACACCUUUUUGCUUAUCUUUUCUCUUUAAAAAGACAUUUUGACUUUCAGAUGUUUAGGUAUUGCUCAAAAAUACUGAAGUAAACGAUUAAGACUUUUUGUUACAAACUUUGUGCUAUGAGGGCAACUACUCUUCUACAGCCUACAUUAACCUAAUUUAAGGAUUCUACUGUUGAAGAUUUAAUUAUAAGUAAGUACAUUUUCCAGAACUGAAGAAAGUGUUUGGUAUUGAGAAAUCAUAUUUCUAAGGAUUUUACAGUCUUUAGAAUUCAAAGAUGCCUUCAAAGACCAAAUAUUACAUCAGUUGUGUUAUUUUUCUUUUAAUCUUUCCGUACUGAAAAUUAAGCACACUACAAUCUUCUGAAGUGCUGAGGAAAUUCCCAAAAUAAAAUAAGAGGUCGUUAAUGUGAUUAUAUGAUUAAUCAUUAUAAGACAGAGCAAUCAUGCAUUUUUUCCUAAAAUUUACUUGCUUACGUUGUGGGUAAAUUACACUAAAAUUCACAGACACUUCAAGUUAGCAUAAACAGGUACCACUGCAGGAAUACUUCCUUUCUGCUGUUGGCCACUUAUUAGAAGCUACAUAUUAAUGCAUUUAAGAGCAAGUUACUUUGAUUUUCUAUUUAUCUGAGGACUGCCAUAUGAAAUAAACUACUUUAAUUGUCAUUAUAAAUGACAAUAUUGUUAUUUUGAACAUACUUCUAGAAAUGAUAUCACAACAAGCUUUUUUAAGAGAUAAGUUAAGACUGUAAAACCUAGCAUUUGAAGUUUGCAAGCAAUUUUGAAAUUAAAAUAGUUAAUUGCCAGAAAUGGAGAAAGCAUACAAGAGAAAUGACUAUUUGAUUCUUGUUUUAAUUUCCUGGGAGUAGGCUAGUAUGCUAAGCUGGAAUGUACCUUGACUAGCACAGUUUUAUUCCUAUGUUCUUAAAACAAACAAAGCAAAACAGAAGCCCUAACAUUGUUUGUCUGUGGUAUAGCUUGGUCCUGUUUUUCCUAUGCAUGAGGAUAAACCCUUAAAUGUUAUACUAUUUUUAUACACUAUCCCUUUUGCAGCCAUUAAAUGAAUUCCAUAUUUCUUUUCAUAUAAGUCUGUUAUCCAAAUUUCCUAUUAAAAUAAAAUUUAUUAAAUAUCUAAUUAGUUUCAGUAUUAUUUUCAUGAUUUUUUUUUAACAGUGAUGUCAUCUUCAGAAUAUUCCUGUUGAGAUUUUUCCCAUGUGCAGAAAUGAGGUACAGAGAAAUUCCUUUUCCAAAUGUCAGAACUGUUCUGGAAAUGGGAAUAUUCAGAUUGCAUCUCUGGUAUUUUCAAGUGUUUUAACAUUUUUUUAGAUUGUUACAUAUUGGUGAUACAUCUCUAUUUGGAAGCUGUGAGUGCUCAGCACUGCUGCAGGUCAGCGUCGAGUUGCUUCACGUUGCUGGGCAAAUAGAAAUUUGGUACACUUAUAUGUCAGUAUUUACACUCUUGUGUAGCAUUGCAUUGAUUGUCAGCUGCUGUAUUUAUUUAUUUUUGCUUCUACUUUCUGAUUUCUGUUCCAACAUCUGUAGCUUUCUCUUCCUGUUCUCCCCAUCUGCAUGGGCCUGCUCUCAACUAUUUUGUGCUCAAGUCUCAGUAUUCACAUUGUUGCUUCUUCCAAAAUGCCAUAUGAUCAUUAGCAUCUAGACAGUUGUUCUGUUUUCAUGACUUGGGUGCCUAGUAGUGUGGGUUUGCCAGCACGCUAUAAUGGCCACUUCUGCUGAGCCUCAGUAGCCUUAGAUUAGGAUAAAUUCAAUUAAUCUGUGCAGUUGGAGCAUUUCCAGUUAAGCUGGCACACAAGACAGAGAUGGAGCUAGAAUACAGAAAUAUUAUUAGGAGAGUAAUUUUGCCAGCCUCUUAUGAACAUGUGUGAGCUGAAAUUCUCAAAACUCUUGAUUUCUUUCAUUUUUGUGUCGUUUAUAGCUAUGGAGGGAAAUGUAUGAGGGAGCAGAAGACAAGCUUCAGUACAGGGAUAACCCUCUUGCUCAGUUUUCAUGUUGUUUCUAGCAGUGGAAUGAUGACUUAACAAAAUAUUACGUGUAUCCUCAGCCUUUUUUUAGAAAAGGGUUUUUAUUUUGUUGUUACUUUACAGAAAAAUUCAACUUGAAGAAGACACCUAACAAUUGAUAAACUUCUGCCCAACUGCAGUCAUAAGAAAGAAACAGUAUUGUAAUGAAAAGAUUAACUUUGCUGCUAUUAACUCCAUCUAUUAUUUAUAGUAAUUGUUAUUUGAAUUUUGCCUCUACAAAGAGAGACCGUUCUGUUAAUUAACAAAAAGUGGGAGAAGUCCAGGUGAUGAAGAGCACUUACUGGAUGAUGCCAUAUGGAGUAAAGUAAAAAACACUAUAAAGAGGUAAAAGUGAUUCUAUCAGGACCAGUUGUUCCCAAGAGUGCGUGGCUGGAGCCAUAUGAUCUUAUCAACACAUUUGAGAGCCCUACCCAAACACUGAGAGAGAUUUUGCCGCAGCAAUGACUGUCAUAGAAGAAAAUCGCCCUUUUGCUCAGCAACUCUCUAAUGUCUACUUUACUAUACUUUCCCUUUUUUGUUUUAAACUUUUUGUGAAGAUCAGCCUUGCUAUACUUAGUCAUUUCUACAUUGUGAAAGGGAACCGUAAGGAAGCAGCAAGAAUAGCUGCUGAAUUUUAUGGAGUUCCUCAAGGACAAGGUUCUUGGGCAGAUCGCUCACCUCUGCAUGAGGCAGCCAGUCAAGGACGUCUUCUUUCUCUAAAGACUUUAUUGUCACAGGGCUACAAUGUAGACACACUAACAAUUGACCAAGUCACUCCACUUCAUGAAGCAUGCCUGGGAGACCAUGUUGGCUGUGCAAGAAUUCUUCUUGAAGCAGGAGCAAACGUAAACGCUACAACAAUUGAUGGAGUGACACCUUUAUUUAAUGCAUGUUCAAGAGGCAGUGCAUCAUGUGCUGAGCUCUUGUUAGAGUAUGGUGCCAAAGCUCAGUGGGAGUCCUGUCUUCCUUCACCAACUCAUGAAGCAGCCAGUAGAGGUCACAGUGAAUGUUUGGAGGUACUGAUAUCCUGGGGUAUAGAUGUGGACCAAGAUCUUCCCCAUUUAGGAACACCUCUGUAUGUAGCAUGUGUUUCACAGCAGAUCCAUUGCAUUCGAAAGCUUCUCUACGCAGGUGCCAAUGUGCAGAAAGGAAAGCAUUUGGAAACUCCACUACAUGCUGCUGCCCAGCAAUCUAGUACAGAGAUCGUAAACUUACUCCUUGAAUUUGGGGCAGACAUAAAUGCCAAAAAUACAGAUUUUGAGCGGCCUGUAGAUUUAGCUGCCCCAAGCAGUUUAGUGGAGAGACUGUUGCUCCUCCAUGAAGCUACACCAUCUUCUCUUUGCCAGCUCUGCCGACUACGUAUCCGAAAUUACAUAGGAAGAGCUAGACUGCAUCUUGUCCCGCAACUCCAGUUGCCAACAAUAGUGAAGAAUUUCUUACAGUAUCGAUAACAUAGUAAUUAACCUUUAGAAACUUGAAUAACAAGUACUUUUUCUUCUUUCUGUAUAUUUUACAUUUUACCGAAAAGAAAAAAAUAACCUGCUGGGCGGAAAAAAGCCUUUUGCAUAUUACUUUAAAAAGUCUUUGAUACCCAGUAUUGGGAUGUAAUAAUAAUUGGGAGCCAUUCAGCAACUGGUACCAAGGUGCUAAUAAGGCUGAAUUGAAUGAAGUGUGUUAAUGCUCUGGGAAAUGAUUGUAUAGCUUUAGCUUAACACUUACUAAUUAGCUUUAGUGCUGUUAAUUUUAAUUGUAUUUAUACUUCCUAAUCUGUUUGACACAACCGAACCGCAAAGUUUCUUCAUUAUUAUUUGUUAAGUUGUCCAUUUAGAGUCAUUAUUUUAUGUGUUUUUAAAUUUCUAUUAUUUGUGUACCUAAAAAUACUUGGUGAUAGGUGCAUUAUAUACAUUGAUAAAAUAAAAUAAAUAAAUGUC